UGCUCAUACUUUUCGAAAGCAAGUUAAUCACUCUUCCAAGGUUUCGAGUUCGAUUAACUGUUUAAUCAAUAAUGGCUGGUUUUGUUAGAACCAGAUCGAAGAGGGUCACUUACCUGCUCGACGAUCGGGUGAAAGAGCGACUAGUCGGCGGAUACAGCUCCGGACUCAGUGAUGUCAGCAGCGGAAGCGAGCACUCCGGCGACUACAACUCCCCCUACCUUUCCGAGCUCGUCCAUCGCUUCCUCCAAGACGACGAGUCGUCCACCGCUGGUUUUCCCGACAACGAGUCCGACUCGGACCGAGUCGACUCGGCCUCUGACGCGGACGUGAUCGACUCCGUCCUUAGGUCCAUGGCCGUUUCUGGAAAUGCGGACUCGUACCUGAUGCUGCUCCAUUCUUACGUUUCCCAGGCGGAGGAGGCGUUCGCGUGUUUGAGAUCCAAUGGCGGCAGCAGCAGCAGGUCGGCUCUGCGGCGGAGCGUGAUGUUGUUUCUAAGGGGAUUGGGACACAAUGCGGCGAUCUGCAAGACGAAAUGGACCUCCUCCGACAACGUCACCUCCGGGAGCUACGAGUUCAUCGACGUCGUUCUUGUCCAAUCGGGCUCUUCCAUGUGGCAGAGCCGGUACUUCGUGGACCUCCAUCGCCCCACCUGA